AUGUUCUUAACUCGUGUAGAGUUUUCCCAAGUUGAGUUGCUGAAAAUUGAGACCCUUUCUGGAGUAAAUUGUGCUAACUCGCUAAUUGAAGCCAGGCCAAAAACUCUGAAGAGACUUCUCCAAUACUAUGCUCAUUUUUUUUCAGAUUUUGAAACCGUCCUUCCAUGGAUAUCUAGCGACAGAUAUUACUUACAAGCAACUACACAAG